AUGGCCCACCUUGUGGCAGUAUUGAUGCUACUGAAGAUGGCAAAGAGAGGGAAUGCGUCAGUAAUCUCACUCAAAGCUCAAGAGCUCUAUCUGGUGGUGUACCUUGCAAGAUACUUGGAUGUCUUCACUACGUGGUAUUCACUGUACAAUACUGCCAUGAAAAUCUUUUACAUCUUUGCCACCGCACUAAUCGUAUGUACCCUUCGGUCAGGCGAAUCGUGGCACACAUCCUACAGCCCAUCGCACGACUCUUUCCGGCAUUGGAAGUUUCUGGCUAUACCGGUAUUUUUUCUUGCUUCCGUGGUCCAUCUUUAUGGCUCUCAACUCGCUGGUUUCAGCUUUAUGGAGAUGCUUUGGACAUACUCGAUAUGCUUGGAGGCAGUCGCAAUGUGGCCUCAACUUGUCAUGUUCAAGGAUGACACGAUCCUGAAGGAAAACCAAGGAGACUUAAAGGCUGAGAUACUUUGGCCAAUCUUUCUGUUUGGAAUAUAUAGGGCUUUCUACAUUCUGAGCUGGAUCUACCGUGCCAAUACGGACACACGAGGAUACCGACAUCACCCUUUGACGUAUAUCUGUGCAGUGAUACAGGUCCUAUUGUACUCUUCGUUCUUCAAAAAAUUCUGUCGUGACGCUUUAGCAAAAAGAAAUCGGCGUGAACCAACUGGUGAAGAAAGUGAUCUCAAAACACCUCUGGUUACAAAUGGAGAAAGGAAUGAUAAUGAAAUGGUGGAUCUAGAACUUAGCGAAUCCAGUAAAAAUGCGGAUGCCUAA